GAGCAGAACAGGUCAAUGGCGAGCAGGAGUAAAGCAGAAGACGGCAUCCCAUUUGAGACGUUAAAAGAGGUUAUACCAACCUACGACGGCGGCGAUGGUUUUAGUGCGUGGUAUAACCAGGUGUUGCACUAUCGCGAAAUUUUUAAAGCCAACGAUGCGAUGCUGUGUGUAGCUGUACACUUAAAUUUAAAGGGCGCCGCUUUAGCGUGGUACAACGCGAAAUCAACGUUUCAUAAGAGCGCGGACGAGCUGCAACGUAAUAUGAAGACAGUUUUUACAUCAAACGAGAGAAAACUUGAACGCCGGCGUAAGUUCGAAAAGCGGAUGUGGGUGCCUGAAGAAAGCUUCAUUAGCUACUAUAACGACAAAUGCACGUUGAGCAGCGACUUGAGUCUUAGCGACGAAGAGUUCGCAGACUACCUCAUCGAAGGAAUACCAGACCGGCAGCUGCGCACACAGGCAAGACUCCACAAUUUUGCGUCGGCAAACGAAGUCGUUAGAGCGUUCAGGUCAGUCACGUUGCCAGAACCUCCAGCAGCAAAACCACGCUCCGAUGAACGCUUCAGAUGCUACAAUUGCAACUGUUCCGGGCACUAUGCCAAAGAUUGCAGAAAGGCUAAGCGAGAAGCCGGAUCGUGCUACGCAUGUGGAGAGAAGGGCCACUAUGGAACAGACUGCAAGCAGUACAAGAGGGAGAAGAAUACUUUCAAUGUCUAGUUGGUUCAUAGCGUAAUGAAAGAAGUUGUGGUACCGUCAGGAGUGAAUUUGGAUGAAGCAAAUGAUUCGUACUACGGUUUAAAUAAAUCAGUUUAGAAUAUACUCGGAAAAGUUAAAUGUAUCGUCAAAGUUUUGAAUAAAGACGUUUUAGUUGAAUUCUUAGUGGUUCCUAAUGGGUGUAUUGGUUAUUCGGUGCUACUGGGUAGGGAUUUUAUUGAGGCAAGUAACGCUAAGUUAAAAAUCGGAAAUGUUGAGUUUAUGGAUAGGGUAGUACAAGUAGGGGCAGCUAAUGGUGUGAACAAUGUGAACGAAGUCGAGAAAUUGGACGAAGUUGAGAAAGCGGACGAAGUCGAGAAAAUAGACAAAGUUGAGAAAGUUGAAGAAGUUGAGCAAGUUUGCAAUUUAGGUACAACAAAGAAGUUUACGUGUGAAAACAUGAGCAACGCCAAUGAUGUGAUUGAAGAUAAUCAGUUUAAUGAGGCCAUAAACGAAAUUAUGGCAAUAGAAGUGUGCGAAAAAACUGGUAUGGACCUCAAAGUAGGCGAAGAAGUCAACUACGAUGAUAAAAUACUUUUUCAGGGAAUUUUCAAAAGAGUUUACGUAAACUCGAAGAAACAAGACAAACCAAUGGUCAGAAAAGAAAUGAAACUUGUGCCAGAAAAAAAGGUUACAUACGCCCUAGUGAGUCAGAGUAUGUGUCACCCAUAGUGUUAGUUAAAAAG